UGUAAUUUGUUGUAGUAGUAGUAGGAUACCAAGUUUAGUCUUUUGUUAUUGUUUGUGUAUUUUCCUUUAUUAGGCUAGCAAUCGGAGGCUAUAUUGCAGUUGAAUUAUUUAAAUUUUUGAUAAUGCUCAUGGUUGAUUUCUAGUGAUCUAUAACACCGUAGAGCCUAUUCCGUUUAAUAUUGCUUAGCAAUUAAUUUUUAGGUUGACGGCUACGUUCUCACGUUGCACAACAGGCUACAGGCUUUAUGUUAUGCCUAUUUAUUGUAAACUCUUUUAAAAAGACGACGAAUUAUGUAUUUCUCUUUUGAAACGUUGUUUAUUCUAGCAAUAAUUUCUGAAUUUACUUCAGUUUGCUUUUGCAAUUCAGAGAUUGACCCAUUUGAUUUUGACAGUAUACCUGCACCUAAACCAGGAUGGAUCGAUCCAUUUGAUAUGUUUGGAGAAAGCUCAACUUCAAAUAUGCCUAGGCCUACAUUUGGAGAAAAUCCAUCAAAGUUAUUUGUACAAUCAGACAUGGAGAAUCACAUCUUACAGAAACGAUGCAGUAGCAGUGAAACAUUCUUGAGACGAUUUGUCAACUUGUUUGUGAAUGCUUUGGAUUCACAGAAAGACAAAAAUGCAGAUGAAUCCGUAUAUCAAGUGAUCACUCUGGAGUUUACAGUCAGUGGAAAGGACAUUAACAUUCUAAGAGAAUAUGGACAGAGUGAAAAUAAUGCACAAACAAGUGUAACAUUCAGUGAUAUUAUAACAAAAUUGUUUAGUCAGAAAAGAAGCCCUCCGUACAAAACUGAUAAUAGAUUUACUGAUAUUUCCUUACUGUUAAAGAAAACAUAUUUUAAAGUAACAAGUUCUCCUGAGUGGACUGUAUUUUCAAGUGUUGUGCUGUUGGUGUUCUUCACGUUGUGGCUGAUAUACCACUCACAUUCAUACCGCUUGGCUCUAUUCACUGUGUUCUUGACUAUAUUCAUGGCAGGAUUUGGAUUUAACUGGAUAAGAAUGUAUGAGGAAGAAGAAUCCAAACGGUUUACAGAAUUGGUGAUAAAUGGUAAUGCUCCAAGACAUUGUACCGCAGCGGCUCAGUCAAUGGUCUGGUAUGAGCACAUGUACUACAGAAUGUUUGGAGUCAACUGCCAGGAGUUCUACAUCAGAAGAGAUGUUCGGCCAAUUGUCAAAGUAUCUCCAGUGGAUGCACUGUCACACACUUUUACAUCAAUGCUUGUCAAUCCAGCAAUACAUAUUGGAAAAGCAUAUGGACUUUUCGUCACCAGCAUUAACGAUCAGUUGGCGUGGUAUGUAAAGCCAAUCGCUCUACCCUUCAUAUUCAUCAUUCCACUUGUCUUCAUCAUCAUUAUCUGUGCUUUCGUCUUCAACUACAGGUUAAGUCUCUCAAUAACUGGCAUACAUUUGAUACCCACUUGGAGCCGGUUAUCUGAGCCGGAAGUUGGACGAGAAAAGAAUUAUGUUGAAGAAUGCCCUCGCAAAGAAACUGAAAAUUCGCAACAAAGCAAUACGUUCUCUUCAUUUUUAGAAACCAACACACCAUUGUUUAUCAUGAAUUGGAACGGUUUGAAAAAGUUCAGUUCUAGUAAUUUAAUAGGAGAUAAAGGCAAAAAUAAAACUGACAAAGAUACAGAGAAAAUUUUAAAAGACAGUGAUAACCACUUAAAAGAUGAAGAUAGCGAUGAAAAAUUGAUGGAGGAUUUACAAGAGUUUGAACAAUUUGUGGACAUGAUGGAAAAUAAAAAAUUAUUGGAAGAGAUGAAAAAAAGAAGCACUGACAAAGUUAAAGAAGGCAAAAAUCUUUCAGUUAUUAGCAAAUGUGAAAUGCAAGAGGGGGCUAUGGUUGUACGCACACUUGACAAUGAAAAUAGAACAUAUUCAUAUGAGAAAGAAAAAGACUCCAAAAACAAAACUAUUUAGCAAGGUUUUUUUAGCUUUUGUUUUCAUUGGUCUGUGAUGUUGAAUAUCUGUGUUAUUCACCCUAAAAGUCACACACAAUGGUGUGUCACAGGCUAAAAGAGGUGAUUAAGUACAUAAUACAGUGGAUCCUCCAUCAACAGUAUUGGUCAAGAGUUUAAAUGUGUCUUAUCAUUAAAAUACAUUGUCCACAAAACGUUAUUCAUUGGAAAAAUGCUGUUUGAAAAUUUCAUACAUCCCUUACAAAUUUAAAUUUCCCUUAUAUGAACCACUUGUAACUGAUUUUCUAUUAAUUUUCAGAAUUUAGCCUCUUGUGAUUCACUUUUUACUCGGCUUUACAAAGUACCGGCUGGUACAGAGCAGUUAACAUUGCCAGGCAGUUACUUUCCAUGUGUGCAGUCAAAGAGACAGCUAAAUUAUUUAUGAGCGAUGAAGGUUCCACUGUUUUGAUACGUGAUUUAAAUAUUUGUACAAAUACUUAUAAUUUUUAAGUUGUUUUCUACACCUCUAAGUAUUAUCAGUUAUAUUUGAUGGUUAGUUUUUUUUACCCUGCGUGUGUAUAAAGUAAACUCAUUGAAUGGAAACAAGAAACAAGUAUUGAGAUUAGUGUAAUGAAAAAUCAAUCAUAACGCAAGAAAAUUCAAAGCUCUCUUGUAAACAACACUGUAACUGCCCCUCCCACCCUCUAUGACUCUAUGAACUUAUAGUAUUGAAAUGAUAUAAAACUAUUCAACAGUAGAUAUUAAUUAAAAUUUUUAUCUUAAUCCCAAGAACUACUGUCAAUAGUCAAUGAUAUAAUCAAUGUCGAGAUACCAUGGUAAAUUUAAAUAUAAUUUUAGGUAAUUCAUAUUUUUGGGCCAUAAAUAAAUAGCAACUGGGCACCGAAAAACUGGCAUCGCUAUACUUGGCGGUGCAAUACUGCCUAACACUGCCCAUGUACUGUUGACCGGUCGACUCCCUGGCCUGCUCUCUUCCUGUCAUCCUUGUUUUGUACAUCAGUCGAUCGUUCAUACUGAAUCUCAUAUCGUAUGUCUGAUAUUGUCAUUUUUCACCUUAAAUUUUUGUUGUCAGCUUAGACAUUGAUUACGCAUGUAAAAUCAAGCAGUGGUGUCUUGAUCAAAGCUAAUCCAAUCUUCAAAUCUUUGACUCUCACUAAAAAAAGUAAUGGCAGAGAUAUAAUAAACCCUCAUAUUAAAUCCAUACAUAUUGUGUUCUCAGUACGGUUUUGCACUAAAAGUGUGACUUUUCAAUUUACAAACCCUUGUUACCAAACUUAUCUUAAUUGAGUUUUUGUAUAGGUUAGUUCAUAUUGUGUAACUGAUCCCUUGAAGUUUGUACUAUCACAGAUCCACUGUAUUUAUUGGAUAAAUACACUUUUAACACUAAAGUAUUAGCUACCAAUAAGGUAUUUUACCUACGACAAUUUUUUUUUUUUUUAAACUAGCCGUUUCAGUUCCAAUCUUAGAAUUGAAAAGAUUCACUUAACAGCAUUGUUGUGUUAAUUAACAUCACGGGUAACGGACCAAUGAGGUUCAAGGAUUGAGGGAGAAGAAGUAAAAUUGUAUGCUUCAAACGUCAACUAAUCAGGUUUUUAGGCCAAUUUAAACUUAAUAAGUGGCACAGAUAGUGUUUGGUACAACAAAAUCACUGUCAGUUGCAAUGAGAGGUUGUAAACAAAAACAUAACCUCUAUUAGAAGUUAUGAGCUAUGAUUGUUAGUAAUAAAAAAAACUGUCGUAGGUAAAGUAGUGUAUGCAACUCAUGUAAAUAGUCUUAACGACACUCGUAGCUAGGUUUUUAAGGCACUCGCCAAGGCUCUUACCUUAAAUUUCUACUCUUGUCGUUAACACUAUCUUUACGUGACCCUUGCAUGAAAUACUAUUAAAACUAUAUUUUCUCGAAAACAUUUUGUUCUUGUAAAAGAAUUCAUUGGACCUUGAAUACUAAACCAUUUUUGCUACUUAAAUAUUUUUAGUUCUAUUUAUUUUAAAGAAAAUUGUUGACACUGUUAUUUUUACAUUUUAGUUCUACUUAACAUCAGCAUUUAAUUUGUCUUUGUAUUACUGUACCUUUGUCAUUAAUAGGAUGGAUAAGAAAAUAAAGUGUUUAAGCCUUUCACAACAAGCAUAUGCUGAUGAGUACUGUUAAAUGUAUAUUUGUAAAUUGU